UUCUAUCUCUACUGAAAAUUCCCUUUCUCUCUCUAACACUCUCUCUCUAGUGAAAUUUCCUUUCUCUCAUACAUUGCUCCAUCACUACAACUGAAAGUCCAUCUCUCUCUCUCUCCCUUCAUCUGUUAUUCUCUAUUCUCUCUCUACAUAUUUUUUCAUCUAGUUUUCUGAACUCUAUUUCCGUCAUUCUCUCUAUCUGAAACGCUUCAAAUGGGGAGUGACCUAGAGGAUCUAGCUCAACCCUCUGGAACACUAUCCCCUGUUUCUCGAAGGAAGUUCAAGCGUCUGAAACGAUUGCCUCAACUUGAUUCGCUUACAUCUAAAUCCCCAAUUGCAUCUAAAACCCCGGAUCCCAUCACUCCACCUUCUCUCACUGAUCGCAACAUAGCUGACAGUCCAUCGAAGUUGAGUGAAAAUACCGUUUUCAGAGAAUCGAUGGAAUCUAUGGAUUCUGAUGAUCCGCUGGAGGUUAGUGAAACUGCAAGGUUUGCAGAAUCAAUGGAUCCUAUAGGUUCUCAUAAUCCAAAAAAGGUCAACGAACCUACAGGUUCUGGAAAUUCAAUGGAUUUUAUGGGUUCUGAUACUGUAUUUGCGGGAGAAGAUAAUAUCAGUGAUAAGAAGAAAGAAAACAAUAAUAAGAAGAAGAAGUUAAAGGAUGGUAAUAGGGGUUCCAAACCAUCUUUACGAAACCAGAAGAGACUCGAAAAGGAAAGAAGGGCUCAUCUGGAACAAAUUCAUGCCGAAUCACAGAGAUUGUUAAGAGAGACUAAAGAUGUGUCAUUUAAACCUGUAUUGGCUGAAAAGAAACCUAUAUCCUCUGUUUUGGAAAAGAUUCGUCGUAGGAAGCUUGAAGUGCAGAGGAGGUUAGGAGUUGAGAUCAUUGAUUCAGAGGAUCGUCAUAAUGUUGCUUGUGAAGAUGUUGGUUAUAAGGAUUCUGAUAAUCAUAAUAUUGAUCAACAAGCUGCCACAUUCAACGAGAGACAUGAUGAUGGCAAGCCUAUUGAGAUAAAAAAUAUUCAAUGUCACCACAAUGAUGUUUUAUUGGCUGGAUCUUCCGGGCCCCAAACUCUUGAGGAUCAGGCAGAGAAUGUUCUCCCAAAUGUGGCUUCAACCUUGGAUUUUGAAAAUGUAUUUCGGCCUCCAAUUAAUGACACCCAGGAUCUUCUUUGUGAUUCCCAACAUAGUAUUGAAGAAAAUGCUGCGCAUCUUACCAGUUCUCCUGAAACAGCUCCUGCAUCGUCAUUACUUCCCAUGAACUUAAUGUUUGAUUCAGCUCCCCCUGAGGAUGUCUUCUCUGACGAAGAAAAUGACAAGGAAAACAUUGAUCCUCACCCAAAGAAACCAGCCAAUAUGGAUUUGUGCCCAAAAGGUGAUCCAUUAAAAGCCUUUAUGGAUGUUGAAGCUGAAGAGGAAGAUGAUAGCGACCAUGAUCGAGAGAGGUACCAUGAUGAUGAAGAAGAAGGAGAAGAAGACGAUGAGAACUUUGAUGACUUAAUUGCGACAGCAGCUGAAGAGAUGCCAAUAGAUAGGGAAAUGAGGGAUCAGCUUCAUCAAAAAUGGCUUGAAGAGCAGGAUGCAGCAGCAACUGAUAAUGUUUUGCAAAAAUUGAAAUGUGGUUGGAAAGAGAAAGACUUGGAGAGAGAGAGAGACUUGGACCAGAUUCUUGGGGAUGAAGGCUAUGAAGGUAGUGAUGGGUACAGUGCAGAUGAUAUGGGGCUGAAGAAGUCCUCCAGAAAGGGUUUGAAGAAGGCAAAACUGAUGAUCAAUGAAAUUUUUAAGGAUGAGGAGGAUGCUUUUGUUUCUUCUGAUGAUGAAGAAAUGGAGCAGAGAAUGGUGCGACAGAGGCUGCUUGAGCAAACUGAGCAAACUACUUUCCUGUCUCCCGCUGAUGAUGACGGUUCUAGAGAGGUCUUUGGCCUCAUAAAGAAGCUCAACAUUGCCCCUGAGAGCAAAAAGAGAACGAGACCUGCUCCUUCUUCUUUUGAGUCUUGGUUCUCAGGUGGAAACAGCAAUAGCUCCUCCAAGUCUUCAUUUUUGGGUCGUGCCUCGAGUAAUUCUCUCCAGUCGUCUCACAAGCAAGGAUCCAAAACAGUUCGAUCCUUCAUUUUUGGCCGUGAUGAUAGUAAUAGCAGAAGUGGUAUCUCUGCUUCUGAUGUAUUGGAAUCGGAUCAGAAAGAGAACAGGCCACCAACUAAUGCAUCAAUGAAGCAAUCUCUUUCACAGUUAAAUCACAAGAAUGGCCAUGAAAAGAAGAAUAUUAAGAGUGAUACGACCUCUGGGUCUUCUCUGUUUGAAAUUUUGAAGCGCUCAUCUGUGCCUUCGGUGUCCAGCCAUGAGAACAAUGAGACCCUGCACUAUUUUCAAGCCUUCAAAUCUGUUGGGAAAUCUGCAAACAGAAAAUGAAGAUCAUCUGAUGGAAAAGCAUCACUAUUGUUUUGCUUUGAUGUGCUAUAAAAACCCAGCUGCUGCUGCCUUGACCCAAGCUCUGAUACCUGGUACUUAAUUGGUCUUUCUCUGAAUUAAUUUAUUUUUCCAUUAUCAGAUGGUCAUAUCUCUCUUUCUCUCUAAAUCCUCAAGGUAUUUGGCUUUUAUCAACUAGGCCUCGAGACGUGAAUUAAACUCGAGGUCUUAUGCAUUUUUAAGCUUGUGAUCACUGAUACAUGGCUAAAAAAGUGAUGUAACUAAUAAACCAUGUGCAUUGUGCUAAUUGCGGAGUCUUGAAUGCCGGAGAACUGUUUUUGGUACAAGGUCAAAUCAUCCUCAUCAUCAUGAUGUGUUAUCGGGGAGCGCAGGGUGUGCCUUGGUCAUGCUCAAAGUACAAGAAAAGUUAUUGGACUUCGAAGAUAAUCAAUCUUAUGGGCAGUGUUUGCAAAAUCGAAUCGAAACGGUUAAUCGGACAUGGAGCUGCCAGCGGUUUGAACCGGAAUUGGACUAAUCGGAGCGGUUA